UCCAAUUUGUCCCUGGAUGAGCGCUGCCUUUCCGCAUCAUUGGUUUGCAAGUACUGGCGUGACCUUUGUCUGGAUUUCCAGUUUUGGAAGCAGCUGGACCUUAGUAGUCGUCAGCAGGUUACUGAUGAAUUAUUGGAAAAAAUUGCCUCCAGAAGUCAGAAUAUAAUUGAAAUCAACAUUUCUGAUUGUCGCAGUAUGUCUGAUACUGGCGUAUGUGUUCUAGCAUUUAAGUGUCCUGGACUUCUUAGGUAUACAGCCUACAGGUGUAAGCAGCUUUCUGACACCUCUAUCAUUGCAGUUGCUUCUCACUGUCCCUUACUGCAGAAAGUCCACGUAGGCAACCAGGACAAACUCACUGAUGAAGGACUCAAGCAGCUGGGCUCAAAAUGCAGAGAACUCAAAGACAUUCAUUUUGGCCAGUGUUACAAGAUCUCAGAUGAAGGCAUGAUUGUCAUAGCUAAGAGCUGCCUGAAGUUACAAAGGAUAUACAUGCAGGAGAACAAAUUAGUGACAGAUCAGUCAGUGAAGGCGUUUGCUGAGCACUGCCCUGAACUUCAGUGUGUUGGCUUCAUGGGUUGUUCAGUCACUUCCAAAGGAGUCAUUCACCUAACCAAGCUAAGGAACCUGUCCAGCUUAGACCUCCGUCACAUCACUGAACUGGAUAACGAAACCGUGAUGGAAAUCGUCAAGAGGUGCAAAAAUCUCAGCUCUCUGAAUCUCUGUCUGAACUGGAUCAUAAACGACAGGUGUGUGGAGGUCAUUGCAAAGGAGGGACAGAACCUGAAAGAGCUGUACUUGGUGUCCUGUAAAAUCACUGAUUAUGCACUGAUAGCCAUUGGGCAAUACAGCGUGACCAUAGAGACUGUGGACGUGGGAUGGUGUAAAGAAAUCACAGAUCAAGGAGCCACCCUGAUUGCACAGAGCAGCAAGUCCCUGAGAUACUUGGGCCUGAUGAGAUGUGACAAAGUCAAUGAAGUGACGGUAGAGCAGCUGGUGCAGCAGUACCCUCACAUCACCUUCAGCACCGUUCUGCAGGACUGCAAGAGGACCUUGGAGAGAGCCUACCAGAUGGGCUGGACCCCCAAUAUGUCUGCCGCCACCUCCUAACUCUCUUCCAAAGCCCAGGCCCAGGCCUACUCAGGCUGUUCAGCAGAGUUGAGAAAUGGGCAGCUGCAACAGGGUCUUUCGGAAAGGUUUUAACUGGCACCUGUCAGUGCGUGUUUCAUUUGUGUCUUGUUUGCAUUCUGCAUAGCAUAAGUACACUGUUACUUACCCCCAGGUGAGCUGGCUUGUUUUGCCCAAAACAGAAAAUUAUGAAAACCACAACCUUUUUUUUUUCCCCAAUUCAAAAGUUUAUUUCUCUAAAAAAGCCUUUGUGGAAUCUCAAGUCAGAAAACUAGGUGUAUAAUGUUCCUCUUGUAAGUGCUGAUGCAUCUUGGAAAUGCUCACCGAAAGGCUUUGUUCUAUGAUGUGCACUUCCUUGUGCACUUCUGAGAAGACCAGAACAGAAGUGAUGUUGCUCUAACUAGAAGCUUGGAGACUAGAACCCCUCAAAAUCCCACAAUACACACCAUGUACUCUCAUGUACUGUCAUGCUUAUACACAUGUGCUAGGUCAAGUUCUUGCUUGGUAAAAUAUUUCCUCACAGAAGAAACUUCCUGGGUCAUGAAGACAACAUGCUAUCCACUGUGGUUAUGCCUAACUUACUGUGCCCACAGGUGGACAGCUUGCUGUCUUGUACGUAACUUAGAAAGUAGACUGAAUACAGCCGUUUGUAAAUUUGUAUAUGGAGGCAACAGUCUGAAGUCCCCUGGCCAGCUCACAAAAGUUAAUUAUUCAUUAUUCUAUAAAUGCAUUCUGUUAAGUAAUAAA